AUGAACUUACCUUUGAGAGAUUCCUCAGCUGUUGGACAUAAGAAGCAUAAAAAACACAAGAAAAAGCACAAAAAGAAGAAGGACCUAAGUGAAGAUUAUGCAGUCAUUCCUGAGGGAGGAGCCGGCAGUGGUCCUAAAAUCAAACUCAAGCUGAAGAUUGGUGGGCAGACAAUGGGGACAAAGAACUUGCCAUCAGUGGAGAAGACAGAAAACAGUGGAGAUGAUUCCCCCAUUAUUGAUGUCACAGAUGAUACUUGGGGUGGUGAUGAACCCUCUUUCCCAACAAAGAAAAAGGGUGAUGAUACCUCAGACGAGGAAAAGGAGUGGCUGGAUGCUCUGGAGAAGGGGACGCUAGACGAUUCAGGGAUGUUAAAAAGGAGCAAAGAUCCUAAGCUAAUGACUGCUAGACAGAGAGCUCUUAUUCAUGGACAGCAAGCUGAACUACUACAACUACCCUCAGGUCAGAAUAUCAAUGCUGCAAUAUAUGUUUGUGAUAGGAAUUAUGAGGGGAAAGUGGUUGAUUAUUAUAUUCCUUAUGUCAGUGAUACCCAGUGGUGUUAG